GAGAUCAGGGUAUCACCAGCCAUAGCCAGAUCUUCAUCAUCACCUGCAAGAUUCUCUGCAAUUAUAUUGUAUGGCGAUUAUCCUAGGAUGCUCAAACAGUGAAUUCUGUAUUGGAAAGCGGCUGAAGGAGGAGGCAGAAGAACAGCUAAAGCUGCAACAGGCCAGAGUGGCUGAAUUGGAACGGUUGGAGGCUGCUGAGCUAGAGGCUGCUGAGCUAGAGGCUGCUGAGCUAGAAGCUGCAACAGAUCACUCCAGAAGGGAGUAUCUGUUGCAGCAGCUAGAGAAGUCACUCACGGAUGACCGUUGUGCCCAAAUCACCAAGCACAUAGCUGAAAUGAUCCUGCUGGAGCACAAGAUCACCAGCUCCCAGUUCACAAACUGGGAUGACCGUUUUGUGAGACUGGAGCGUCGGGUUGACGAGCUGUCAGCUCAGCAGUCCAAGAUCCUGGACUCUAUCCAGGGCUUGUCUGCUCAGCUGGCAGCCGCCAAGCUGAUUACUCCUCAGCUCCCUCUGCUGAAACCCAAAACCUCUCCUCCUCCUUCACCACCUCCUUCCCCUCCUUCAUCUCAUGGGGGAUCUGUACAUUCUUCCCGGGCAUCUACUCCUUCCCAGAAGGCCUCAGCAAAGGCCACCUAUGCUGUUGUGACUGCAGCGGACAGAGGUCCCAAGAUCCCUGCCCCCAACAAGUUCAGGGGCGAUGACCCCAAGACUGAUGUUGGGGACUGGGCUGCUGGGACCAAAGCCUACUUGAGGGGCUUUGUCUGUGCAGAACACACCAAGGUGGCGACUGUUUUGGGGCUGCUGGAAGGGCCUGCACUGAAGUGGGCCACCUCAACUUCCAGCAGUCUGCAGCAGUCCAUGGAGGACUGGGCCUUUGGGUUGGGGGUAGACAGACUUCUGCAGGCCCUGGAGGACCGGUUUGCAGACAACGAGCGGGCCCGCAAGGCUGCUGACAGGAUUGCUCGCCUGGGACAGCAACGGUACAACGGUACCCUACAGGCCUUGUUUGCUGAGUUCGAGCAGCUCACCUCCACCCCUGGGCUGGUCAUGGCACCUUAUGAUAUGUUGACCAGCUUUUGCAGGGCAGCGCCUGAGAAGUUCGCGGUUGCACUUUACAGCGCUGGGUACAAGGACUGGAGGUCCUUUGGUCGUGCAACCCUGGAAAUGGAGGCCAAGCUCCAUGUCCAGGCCCCAACCUCUGACAGGAGGAAAGGUGCCUUCCCUAGAGGCAACAAAAGGGGAAAGGCAGCCUUUAAUCACGCGGGAUCUGCCUCAGGAUCAGAUACCGAUUCUCAACCUGAUGUGCCUUCAGGGGGGAUCGGAUCUGCUGCUGAGACAGAUGUUGCAGCAGUAGUGACUCAGGCUGUUUUGGGUGCUCUGCAGUCGCAGAGAAAGUUUUCCACCCCCACAGCCUCAGCCACUACCAAGGGGAAGGAUAAGGGACGUCGUCCUUCCUCUUCCCAGCACCCUAACCUGCCUAGAGACGUCCACAUGCCAGCUGACCCCCUCAAUCCCUCCACACUUCCCUCGCAUGACCUCAAGAUCCAAGAGGGAGUCUGGAGAAGAAGAAAGGAGAAGGGGGUCUGCCUGAGAUGUGAGGGACAGCAGUUCUUAAAGGACUGCCCUUACAUGCCAGGCCCGGUGAUCAGCAUCACGGAGAAAGUCAAAGGCAUUCCAGUGACCUUUGACACUGCUGGGAAAGUCAAACACAGUCUGAACUUUUAUGUCUUCCCUGAGCUGCCCUUUGAGUUGGUGUUCUCCAUGCAGUGGUUGAGGGCAGUCAACCCUAGGAUCGACUGGCAGAUUCCUAGAGUUGAACUACCAGAUAGCCAGGGGGUGUAUCAGCAAUGCAUGAUUGCUGCUGAUCACCACCCUAAGACCUCCUGCUACUGCCUGAGAGCGAGGGAGUUCCAUGCUCUCUCUCGCCAGUACCACCAUGAGUGUCUGUUCAUUGCUUUGGUCAAGCAAACAGAUGCUCUCCCUGUUUCCUGUCCUCCUGAGAUACAGCAGGUAGUGGAUCAAUAUGCUGAUCUGAUGCAGGAGCCCUUUGAGUUACCCAACCGGCCAACCAAGCAUCACAUCGAGCUGCUGCCUGGAGCGGUCCCUCCUAAGGGUCGAGUCUACAGGAUGUCCCCUGCUGAGCUUGAGGAGCUCAGAAAGCAGCUUGAUACCCUGACCAGCAAAGGCUGGAUCAGACCUAGCACAUCUGAAUUCGGGUCACCUGUUCUCUUUGUGCCCAAAGGGAACGGCGAGUUCAAAAUGUGCAUUGACUACAGGGGUCUCAACAAGAUCACUAGGAAGAGUACUGAGCCACUUCCUAGGAUCGAUGACCUCCUGGACAUGGUGCAGGGCUGCACAGUGUUCAGGAAAGUCGACCUCAAAUCUGGCUACCACCAGAGGAGGAUGUCUACAAGACAACCUUCAAGACCAGGCACCUUCCAGACUGAGAUGCACCACAUCUUCAGGCCUUACCUGGACAAGUUUAUGGUUGUCUACCUGGAUGACAUCCUGGUAUUCAGCAAAACUGCCAGGGAACAUGCGGAGCACUUGGCUCUAGUUCUUCAGUCAUUACGUGACAGCCAGUAUAAGAUCAACAAAGAGAAGUCCUCUUUUGGAGUUCCCUCUGUCAUCUAUCUGGGUCAUGUAAUCUCUGGAGAUGGCCUGGCUCCUGAAGCAGCCAAGGUUGCUGCUAUUCAGGAGUGGCCUCAACCUCAGACAGUGAGGGAUGUCCGGUCCUUCAUGGGUUUGCCCUCCUACUACAGAAAGUUUGUCAAGAACUUUUAUGCAGUGGCUGCACCCCUGACUAACCUAACAAAGAAGGACACUCCCUUUCUUUGGUCCCUCCACUGUCAGCUGACCUUCACACGACUCAAGAAGGCCUUGACUCGUGCGCCUGUCCUAAAGUUACCUGACCCCACUUUGCCAUUCAUCCUGACCACUGACGCUAGUCAGUAUGGCUCUGGGGCAGUGCUUCAGCAGGAUGAUGGGAAUGGUCUACGGCCUGUCGAGUUUACGAGUAAGAAGAUCAAGACUCAAAAGUUCCAGGACUCUACCUACGAGAAAGAGUUGUAUGCUCUUGUCUGUGCCCUGAAACAUUGGAAGCACUUUCUCCUGGGCAGGCACUUCAAGAUCUUUUCAGAUCAUUCCACCCUACAGUGGAUGAAAUCCCAGGGAGAGUUGAACGAUAAAUUGGCACGGUACAUUCAGUUCAUAGACAUGUUUGACUUUGAACUGAAACACAAGAAGGGCUGCUACAAUAAGGACGAGACUUCUGGACCCAUUGUCAGGAAUCUGCAAGCAGAUCCUAACUCUGAACCAGGCUAUGCUCUGAGUUCAGACCUGUUGUACACCUAUAGCAGAGGUGAGGAACGCUUGUGCAUUCCCCAGGAUCAGCGGCUCGGGACACUGCUGCUGUCAGAGUGUCAUGAUGCCCGUGGACACUUUGGGUUCCUAAAGUCUUAUGCAGCCCUGUCGCAGCGCUUCUUUUGGAAGGAGAUGCGGAAUGAGAUGCUGCGUUAUGUGGACACCUAUUUAGGCAAGACCACCCCUCGUGGCAUGCGUCAGGUUAUGGUAUGCGUGGACAGGUUCUCCAAAUGCGCCGAGUUCAUCCCCUUGCCAGAGGUAGCUAGGGUACCGGCUGUGAGAGCACCCUUCUCUGAGAGGUGGGUCACACACCAUGGACCGCCCACCUCUAUCGUCAGUGAUCGCGACCCCAGAUUUUGCAGCGAUGAGUGGCAGUCCUACUGCAAGGACUAUUUGCACUCACGUCUGGACAUGACUUCUGGUCAUCAUCCUGAAGCCAAUGGAUUGGCUGAGGUGAUGAACCAAGUCUUAUUCCAGCUGCUGCGUCCUGUCAUCUCUCCAGAUCAACAGGACUCGGAUCUUCACUUGGCGAGGGCACAACUCAUGUAUAACAUGUCUGUCCACUCCUCGACAGGGUUCAAUCCCUAUCGGUUGCACUGGGGACGUGAACCACGCCAGCCUCUUGAUGAUAUCAUCGACAAGGCUAAGCCUGAUCUGACGCCAGGCACCGCAGAGUUCGCCAAACGCUAUCGUCUGGAUGUGGAAAGAGCCCGCGCGAACUUGUUCAAGGCCCAAAAGGCCAUGAUUGAACAAGCGAAUCGCCACAGGCGGCCUUCCCCCAUCCGUACUGGUGAUCAUGUCUGGGUAGCCAGUUCUGAGUUGUCGAGGGAGGAGGAUAUCUCCCCGAAGCUGUUGCCACGCUACUUGGGUCCGUGGCAGGUCCUAGAUACAGUGGGCACUGCCCCUUUCGGCCCGUCGUAUGUUAUCGACGUCCCGCUGCAUCUAUGAAUAGUAGCCGUUCCUGCUAGGGUCGAGGUGGUGGACACACCCUCACCAUCUCGAGAGAUGGCCGAAGCUACUGACUCCAUCGUCGUCCUGCAAACACGUUCAGACCCAUCGACCCUCUGUUCGAUGAACGUGUUUGAGUCCUUAGAGGAGCUAGAGGAGGAGUGGUCCACAUCAGACCCGCUAGCUUCUUGGACGGCAUUGGUCAAAGCCCCUAAGGGUGAGAUGUUCGUUAGGGAGAUAGUCAUCGGCGGCCGCAAGGUCGGGGCCUAUUAUGACACUUACUCGACUAGGAACUUCAUCAGUCGCGCGUGCGUUGAGAGGCUGCGCUUACAGGGGCAAGUGCAGCGCCUGAGUCAACCUGUGGAGUCGACCUGUGCCAACAAACAAUGCAUGGUAGUCAACGACUACCUCCAGGAUGUUGAAUGUUGUUUCCCGUACGCGGGAGGGGAUUUGAGACAUCACGUCUCGUUCCUAGUGAGCGAUGAUCUCCCUAUGGAUAUCUUGUUAGGCAUGUACUACCUCUCCGUGGCACAGCCCCAGUUUGACUGGGACCGAAAAGUGGUCAAACACACUUUGCCACGUGGGGGGACCGCCAGAUUACGUAAGUUUAAAGAUAGUAGUCUGAUCGAGUCCCACGGAUGCAUGUGUGCGGCCGCAUUCUAUAACUAUUAUAAGCAAAAUCCGAAGGAGGGUAUGUAUCUAGUUUAUGUCUCUGCAGCAGGCGAGCCAGUGAAAAUGCUGCCGGAGAUAGAGGGAGUAGUUGCUAAGUACCCUGAUGUAUUUGAAGAUCCGACAGGGGUUGUUGAGAGGGAGGUCGUCCACGCGAUAGAGAUUAUCCCAGGGUCUAGCAUCCCGAAGGGUAGGAUCUAUCGGAUGUCUCCAGGCGAGCUUGACGAGCUUCGCCAGCAACUCAAGGAACUCAUAGAGAAGGGGUGGAUCUGGCCGAGUGUCUCUCCUUAUGGUUCUCCAAUCUUAUUCGUACCAAAGAAGGGGGGCACUUUAAGGAUGUGCAUUGACUAUAGGGGCCUCAAUGCCAUCACUGUCAAGAACCGAGAGCCCCUACCGCGCAUCGACGAUUUGCUAGAUCGAGUGCAAGGGUGCCAUCAGAUUGCUAUACGGCCCGAGGAUCAGCACAAAACCGCAUUUCAGACUAGGUACGGUCUGUACGAGUUUGUGGUGAUGCUUUUCAGCCUUUGCAAUGCUCCUGGCACCUUUCAGCACGCGAUGAAUCGGAUCUUUCAUGACUACUGGGACAAGUUUGUCAUCGUGUAUCUCGAUGACAUACUUAUCUUUAGUAGGACUUUCGAGGAGCACGUGGCUCACUUGGACGAAGUCCUUAGUGUCCUCCGACAGCAUAAGUUCAAGAUUAACGGUGAGAAGUCCGAGUUUGGUCGCACCCGUAUCUUGUACUUCGGUCAUGAGAUUUCCGCGGAGGGUCUGAAGCCCGAUGACGCGAAGGUGGCCGGCAUUCGUGACUGGCCGCGUCCUCAGUCUGUGACUGAGAUGAGGUCCUUCUUAGGGAUGACCGGCUACUAUCGCAACUUUGUGAAGAACUAUAGCAUAGUUGCCGCCCCUUUGACGAACCUGACCCGCCCUGGCACCCGAUGGGAGUGGACAGACACGUGCGAGGCUGCUUUCAGACAUCUGAAGCACGCGUUGACGCAUCAUGAGGUCUUGAAAUUUCCUGAUCCUGGCAAACCUUUCGUAGUAACCACGGAUGCUAGCCAAUAUGGCAUAGGCGUCGUACUUGCGCAGCAGGAGGGGAAACAGUUGAGGCCGGUAGAGUACAUGUCCAAAAAGAUGCCCUCUCACAAGUUGGCUAAGUCCACCUAUAAUAAGGAGCUUUAUGCGAUCUACAAGGCACUCACUCAUUGGAGGCACUACCUCCUUGGGAGGUUCUUCUACGUCAAGAUUGAUCACCAAAUCCUGAAGUGGAUGAGAACCCAACCUGUGCUCUUGGACGCUCUGAAGCGUUGGAUUGAAGUCAUAGAGCAGUAUGACUUUGAGCCCCAAUACAUCAAGGGCGAGUACAACAAGGUUGCUGAUGCACUAUCGCGUAGGCCUGACUUCUCCAGUGCGCUGAUCACUAAGUUUGGGCUUGCGGGCGAUGUUACUCACUCUAUGGUGGAAGCCUAUCGCGAGGAUCAGUUUAUGUCUGAGAUCAUUCGCAGACUCGAGGCGAAGGAUAAAAUCACUUCUGCCGAGUUUGCGUUGGCCUUCUGUUCCUUGAGAAGGAAGGGAAUAAACGCCUGUAUGACUUCUGGGAACCAUCCCGAGGCCAAUGGCCAAGCAAAGCAACUCAAUCGCGCUGUUCAACACUUGUUGCGACAUUACAUCAAGCCCAAUCAGGUGAACUGGGAUGAGAAACUUGCUCUCAUCGCCAGCCUGUAUAACAAUGCUGUCCACAACGCAAUUGGAGUUAGUCCUAAUAGUCUGCUACUGACUUUCAAGCCCAGACUGCCCCUAGACUUUCUGCUACCUGACAAUCAGUCAGCUGCUGCACCCGGCACCCUUGAGUUUGCCUAUCGCUAUGAACAACUGAUGCAGCAGGCAGUAGAACAGAUGCACAAGGCACAGGCCGCAAUGAUAGAAACUGAGAACAAGCACCACCGUCCUUUUACAUUUCAGGUAGGGGACAAAGUCUGGGUAAAAUCCUCAGAACUGGGACAGGAGCACGGGAUCUCCCGUAAGCUCAUGCCACAACACUUUGGACCAUGGGAGGUUCUAGAUGUUGUUGGGGAAGAUCCGGAUGGGCCAUCCUACGUCAUUCGGAUCCCUGGUCAUCUCCGCACUUACCCUGUCUUUCACUCCUCCAAGCUUGCACCAUUCAAAGAAACUGACCAGUUUCCCUUAAGUCAUUCUAUGUUGCCCCCAACCAUGGAUGGAGAGGUCGACAUCGACGACAUUGUUGACCACGGGGAGAUGCCAGUUCCAAGACCAACAGGCAAAGGACGUCCUCCGAAACCGAAGCUGCAGUAUCGAGUUCGGUUCAGCUCACUACGAGAAGUCUCUCCGAAAAGGAAAGCGCCAGAUUAUCGAAGAUUGAACUUCUCAGAGGACUAUCGAAGUAUGGAGGAGGGAAUGCGAGGCAUAGAGCCUCGAUAUGCCCUACAGGGCCUAUUUUUCACACUGUCCGCCGCCCUAAGUGAAGGCAGGCACGACUGAGGCCCUACAGGCCAUUUUUGGGGUCACCAUGCAACUGAGGAAAUUCAGGCAGUUGCACAGCGCCAGUUGGUUGGAAGCGCCCAGGCCCAGGCUGCCUUCCAUUGCAUGUAACUGAGGCAGGCCCUGGGCCGGAUACACAAAGUGGACCGAACAAAGGCUGAGGGCAGUU